UAUAGAAUCAUACAAUCAAAUAUUAUUUAUGGUUAAAAGUCAUAUUCAGUCAUUACCCAAAGACAAAAUAUUUAUACAAAAAUAUUAUCAAAAUGGGUAAUGCAUGGGGACUAUAUGCACAUCCAGAACUUACUCCCAGCCCUUUAAAGGAAAGUGAAUUUCCUCCAGACUUAGGUUUCACACAGGCUCGCAAACCCAGAGUAAUGAUUGCAACCAAGGAACAAUUAGAAUCAGCUAAAAUUGCGUUGGAAGAUCGUGAUUAUUGUGCUCAUUUAUUACUAGAAUACCGUGGUUGUCGAACUCGAGUUUGGCCAUUCGCUUAUAAAUGCCAUCAUGAGAAGCAUAAUUAUUUAAAUUGCGAAUAUGAUGAUUAUGUUUUGCGUAUGAAAGAAUUCGAACGAGAAAGGCGUUUACUUCAACGUCAAGCCCAAGCUGCACAAGGUUAAACACACGUUUACAAGUGUUGUUCUGUUUUAGAUACAUUAAUAAAUUAGUGGAAAAAAAAAAUUAGUUAUUGUAUAUAAAUUUUUCAAAAUAAAAGAAUUAUCUGUUCUUUGGUCAUGCAAUUUUUUCUUAUACAUAUUCGAAAUAUAAUACUGUAGCAAAUUUUGACAAAGGUAAAGUUUUAAAAAUCAAAUUAUAAUGAACAAUAAAAACUGUAUUUAUUAAA